UAUACAAACCGCGUUCUGCUCCAAAACAGCCCACUGUAUAUUACAAAACUAGUAGAGGAUGUGGUUGAUGACAGUGCUCGUUAUGUAACAACUCUCUGUUACACCCAAGAUGUUGUCGAUCCUCUGCUAUUCACUACUUCGGGAGAAGAGCAUGUCAUCCCAAAAGAGGGCAUAAAGGGGGUUGUAAGCAGCAUUACAGUUGUUGACAAUGAAACUGUUGAAAUAGAUGAGGGGGAGUAUUAUCUGCUCCUGGCCUUGGUGAACGGACCCACUGACACCACCUCUCCCAAUGAAGCUGAUAAAGAACCUUUUGCAGAGAGCGUUGAUGGACAAGGUGACGAGGAUUCGAUCACCAUGGACGCUAACCGACCUCGG